UUUAACUAUAAUUGACAUUUGUUUUCUAAACAACCGGGAUAUUAAUAAUUUUAUUAUCCCAAACAAUAUAGUGAGUUUAAAAAAGUAAAAAUGAUCUAAAUUAAAACAAACUCUAAUGUAAUUAUUAAAAGUAAGUGUUCGUGUUAAUCUCGAAUAAUUAAAAGCCAAAGAAAGAUCAGUAUGUGAACCGUGAUGUUUUCUUAAUUAAAGUGGGAAAUGUCUGUUCCACCAGUAGACUUUACAGUGCCACCUCCUCCUUUUAGUCUGCCUCCACCAAGAGCGUCAAUCCCCAGUGGCAGCAAUCAUGUCCCAGUAUAUAACCAACAUCCACCUUACUUUCCAUCCUUUCAAGGCAUGCUUCCACCACCAUCUCCAGGACCGUCUAAUUAUGGCAUGCCCACACCAUCAACUUCAAAUACUUCUUAUAACACACAAGCCUCAGCCAGUCUGAAUCAACAAUAUUAUGGUUCAUCAAACUAUUCAUAUCAAGAUAGAAAUUACCACCAACCAAGACAACAACCACAUAGAUGGACUGGUUACAACAAAUCUUUACCUUCAGAGCCUUCUACUAGCAAUUAUAAUAAUGCAAGAAGUAAUGUGUCACAUUAUGAUAAACCUAGCACUAGCAUGUCACGUUAUGGUGAACCAAGUACAAGUGUGUCACGUUAUGAUAGACCAAGUACUAGUAUGUCAAAUUAUGAUAAACCAAGUACAAGUACAUCUCAUUAUGAUAAACCAAGUACAAGCACAUCAUGUCACGAUAAACCAAGUACUAGCACAUUACAUGAUAGGCCAAGUACUAGUGUGUCACAUGAUGACUAUUACAAAAAACCAAGAGAUGUUACUGGUGAAAGGACAUACAGUAAUAGAUCAAGGGAUAGUCUAUCCAGUUCCAGACAUCAAAAUGAGCCAAGUCGUAGUUAUGACAGGGAAAGUAGGGAAAGGGACAGACCGAGGUACAGACGAUCUAGGAGUCCCAGCCAUAGUCACAGCUACUAUGACAGAAGUCCGUCUCGGCAUCGAGAAAGAGACAAUCGCUAUACCGAUGACAGACAUAGAUAUGAUUAUAAGAAAAGAGAUUACCGAUCCAAAAGUCCAAGUUAUAGGGAUCGUAGAAGUCACAGUCGUGCAUAUGACAGCCAAGAUGGGAGGUCUAGAUCUUAUUACCGUGAAUCUCAUUCACGUAGUCGAACCAGGGAAGUCUCACCUCGAUCUAGAAGCACAACUUCAAAACCUUUGACGGAUCGAGAAAAAAUUCUCAACGAUUAUAGGAAGAACUAUUGUAGGACUUCUGAGGAUUUGAUAAAAAAAAUGGAACAGUGGUCAAAGGAGCAUAAUUCUGAUGACGAAGAAGUGAGUAGUGCGUCACCUAAAAUGUGGUAUAGGAGCUCUCCCGCGGAAUUGUAUUACAAACCUGGCGAGAACAAUGUGGGAGUAGAACAAACAUCGAAAUUACAAAAGAUAUGUGAAACGUUCUUCAAAACGCUCAUUGAAAGAGGUAGGAAUGCGAGACCAGAGGUCGAUGAACUACCACCUAUGAAGCCUUUGAAGGCUAAGAUAUGCAAGCAUAAAGCAGAUGGUGCUAGUUCAUCAUCUUCAGAGAGUGAUGGAAGUAUCGAUGAAGACGGUCUUCAGGGUUACACCGAUAUUAUAAUGAUGGAAUUACAAAGAAAACAGAGUCAUCCAAGGAGACUUCACCCAGAAUUAUGGUUCAACAACAGCGGUGAGAUGAACGGUGGUCCGUUGUGCCGUUGUAGCGUCCGAGCUCGCAGACAGGGGAUCAGGCACGGAGUAUACGCCGAAGAAGAAAAGUUCAAAAAAUGUGUCCCGACAGCAAGUAACAUCGAGAAACUGUUUCACUACCGUAUUACAGUGUCGCCACCAACAAACUUUCUCAUUAAAGCACCUACAAUCAUCGGUCAUGAUGAGCACGAAUUCCUAUUUUCCGGUUUCUCAAUGUUCUCCCACUACAAGUUGGCUAAACUACCUAAAUGUAAGGUGAUAAGGUUCAAUAUUGAAUACACCAUACUGUAUGUCGAAGAACCGGCGCCUCAAAACUUUACAAUACAGGAAUUGGAACUGUUUGAGGAAUUUCUGUUCACUGAAUUAUUGGAAUUGGUCGACCUAGACCUUGGCAAGGCCACAGAAGAUUCGUGUUCUCAAUUCCACUUCAUGCCGCGGUUCGUCAGAUACCUGCCGGAAGGUGGAUGCGAGGUGCUGUCAAUGUGUGAAGUCCUCAAAUACUUGAUAUCCGAGAGCGGUCUCCUGGUACCUCCUGAUAUGUUGCAUGACUUCCACAGUAUGGAGCACUAUAGCUGGCAGAAGUUCGUUGAUAGGAUCAAAGGUAUGAUAGUGACGUAUCCUGGUAAGAAGCCGUGUUCCGUGCGCGUGGAUCAACUGGAUCGCAGUCCACCAGCCAGUGACCCCUCACACAGGAACUACUACCCUGAGAUCGUGCACUUUGGUAUACGACCGCCGCAGCUCAGCUACGCUGGAAACCCGGAAUAUCAAAAGGCAUGGCGUUUCUACGUGAAAUAUCGUCAUCUAAUAGCAAAUAUGGCGAAACCUUCGUACAAGGAACGUCAGAAGCUGAUCGCCAAGGAGGCCAAGUUACAGGAGAUGAGGACUCAGAGUAAGAUGAAGAGAGACGUCACAGUGGCCAUAUCAUCAGAAGGAUUCCAUACAACCGGACUCAUGUGUGAUAUUGUACAGCACGCCAUGUUGAUUCCGGUACUAGUAAGACAUCUUCGUUUCCAUAAGUCACUGGAGAGUCUGGAGAAGAAAAUAGGUUACACGUUCAAACAGAAAAUGCUUCUGCAAACGGCGCUGACGCACCCCUCGUAUAGGGAGAAUUUUGGCACAAAUCCCGACCACGCUAGGAACAGUUUGACGAACUGCGGGAUAAGACAGCCGGAGUACGGUGAUAGAAGAAUACACUAUACUAGAAAGAAGGGCAUCGUGACCCUCAUCAACAUAAUGUCGAGGUUCGGCAAGCACAGCGAGACCGAGUCCGAGAUCAAACACAACGAGCGGCUCGAGUUCCUCGGAGACGCCGUGGUAGAGUUCAUAUCUUCCAUACACCUGUUCAAAAUGUUCCCCGGACUGGCCGAGGGCGGACUCGCCACCUACAGGGCUUCCAUAGUACAGAACCAACACUUGGCUCAACUGGCUAAGAAUAUUGGUUUGGAGCACUACAUGUUGUACGCCCACGGGUCAGACUUGUGUCGCGAAGUCGUCAUGAGACACGCGAUGGCUAACUGCUUCGAAGCUCUCAUGGGAGCGCUUUUCCUUGACGCGGGAAUCGAGGUGACGGAUAGAGUAUUCGGUCUGGCGUUAUGGUAUCAUGAGCCGGAGCUGUUGGAGGUGUGGUGUAAGGAGAGACCUCACCCGCUACAAGACCAAGAGCCGCUCGGGGACAGGAAAUAUAUCAAAGAUUUCGAGUUCCUACAGAAGUUGACCAAGUUUGAGGACUCCAUAGGCGUACAAUUCAAACACAUCCGUCUCUUGGCGCGCGCGUUCACGGACCGGUCCGUGGGCUUCACUCACCUGACGCUAGGCUCCAACCAGAGGCUGGAGUUCCUCGGAGACACCGUGCUGCAGCUGGUGGUGUCGGAGAGACUCUACAAGUACUUCCCUGAUCAUCACGAGGGACAUCUGUCGCUCCUCCGAUCGUCUCUCGUCAACAACCGCACUCAGUCCAUGGUGUGUGACGACCUUAAUAUGUCUGAAUACGCGAUCUACAACAACCCCAAGGCCAAACCCACCACCAAGAAACAUAAGGCGGACCUGCUGGAAGCGUUCCUCGGGGCCUUGUACAUUGAUAAGAACCUGGAGUACUGCCAGGUGUUCUGUAACGCGUGCCUGUUCCCGAGACUCCAGGAGUUCAUCAUGAACCAGGACUGGAACGACCCCAAGUCCAAGCUGCAGCAGUGCUGUCUCACACUCCGCUCCGUGGAGGGAGGGGAGCCUGACAUACCUGUCUAUAAGGUGAUAGAGUGUUUGGGCCCAACGAACACUCGCGUGUACACCGUGGGCGUGUAUUUCCGCGGAUCUCGCCUCGCCGCGGCCCGCGGACACUCUAUACAGGAGGCGGAAAUGAAUGCCGCUGAAGAAGCUCUGAACUCAGCACAGGAAUUAUUCCCUCAACUGGACCACCAAAAACGUGUGAUAGCGAAGAGCAUGAGGAAAAAGAAGAACAAAUUCAACGACCGCGCGAAUCAGACGCAGAUAGAGGCUGUUCUUAAGAGGAAACGUAUGGAGGAGGUCGUCCCCAAGGCGUACCAGCCCGGCGGGCUGGAGGAGGAGCAGUCGGACGAGAGCGUCCAUGAAGCCUCGGAUACGGAAAUACCGGAGGAUAGAAACUCAAAUGACGAUUCCGGUUUAGACAGCGACUCGGAAGUGACGAAUGAUAAUCUAGAGAACGUUCAGGUCAGCAGUCUCCUGAGCGACAUGGAGAAGAUGAAGGCGGACCUGAUCAGGCGAAACGAAUACGACAAGCUCAAGGAGAAGUGCAAGAGAUCGGACUCCGACGACGAUUAGUAUAAGCGGAAACCUAUUUUAAGAUUAUUUCCUAUAUGUGUUUUUUUUUGUGCUUUGUGUAAAUUCUUUCCUAUCGCUGUUCGAACAUAUUAAAUAUGUAAAGCUUUCGAUGUGUCAAGUAUGAAUGGUUCUAGGUAACGGAUCUCUUGAAAUAAAAUGCAUUUCAUUAAUACCUACCAGUAGAAUAAACUUGGUGUCCAAA